AGAUGUUUAUCAUUAAUAUGGUUCAUCUGGUUUACGCUCUUCUUGAUCAUCGAUCUGACUAGCAUGAUUAAAUGAGGACCGACAAUCAGGCUUCUGACCUAUUAUUGACUCUGAUGUUGUUGUUUGAAACGGGCUACUAUUGUGGCUACUACCGCCAAAAGACUUGCGAUAAUCAGUCUCCCGUUUUUUCAUGUCGUCAAACUCGUCUCCUUCGCACUCUGUGCUACUUGCUGUUUGAUGACGACGAUGGCGCAGAUAUACAACGCUUAGCGCUACAAUUAUGCCACUGCAACAACGCCACCACUCAAUACGCCGGCAAUGGCGCCUGCUUGUACAUGUGCUCUUUCCUCUUCACUUUCUUCUGGUGAGUUUGUAGCGUGAUGACCGCCUGCUGCUCCUUGUCCAGCAUUGUUAUUGCCAUUGUUACUGCCAUCGUUCUCACCGGACGAAGGAGCAUCCGAAAGUAGCGGUGUCGGUGAU